AUUCAACUCUCCACUUCAAGACCGCGAACGACAUUGCAUCUACAAGCGUCCUGUUGGGACUCUUAUGGCCAUUGAUAAUCAAAUACACGAUCAGACUUCUCAGGGUAUAUUUAUUUGCAGGCGGACGUAGAAGCACAGCUGGGCCCACGAUCAUUCUUAAGCCGAAACGGACCAGCACACGACAUCACCUUCAGCAUCACGACAGACAAUAUAAUACAACUCUCGACGACAUGGUGUAUCUCAAGACAAGCCAGGAAUGGCUCGACCAGUCCAUGGCUCUCCUAGAGGCCCGUCCUGCCACCACUCUCAUUACCACAACAUACAAGCUCAAACCUGGCCCUACGCGACCUGAUGCAGACGGCGACACACCCGUCACCAAGCCCCCACGCGGCGCUCUCGUCCUCAAGGCCUACGAUCCCAUUGGCGGCGCAACCAUCAAGUACCGCACCACGAAGGCGCAGGAGGUUACUCGUUUGAUACAUGCUUCUCUGGGUCGGCUAGGAAGGAGUAUGGCUGCGGUGCCGGAUGUACCUGAAGUGACAAUGGCAGAUGGCGAUGGUGCAACUCCUGCGGAGGAGUCACAAGCUGCUACGCCGACACCGCAGGCGGCACAAGGGGGUGGAGGUGGAAAGAAGAAGAAGAAGGGCAAGAAAUAAGAUAUCCGAGCUCGAUGAGUUGUUUUGAGUGCUUCUGGUAGAUUCAAUGUAUAUUUGUGGAUAUGAGGAUUGAUGACCAUGGAAUGAAGCUUGCAGCAGAUAUGACAUUUGAAAAGAGCAGCAUUGUUAAAUGCAGUCUUCAUUCGAGAGAUGCCACUUUGUAGACUUCUUACGUUCUCAAGUCUCUCUUCACUACACGAAACCAAGAGCCAGGCGAGUCUACAAAGUCCAGUAUCAAUAGCUUCAACCAUGAGUAGAGGACUAAGGGAAGACAAACAUGAAAGUAC